AUGAAAGGCGCUCCCGAGAGGAUUCUGAAGCGGUGUGCAACGAUCCUCAUUGGAGGUAAAGAACUGGAUAUGGACGCAUUCAAGACGGCGUACCUGGAGUUGGGCAGUCUUGGAGAGUGCGUUUUGGGUGAGUUUCCAGAGGGAAUUCGAGGGGGAAAUGCGCUUCUCUGUUUCGCGACGAGCGACAUCUCGUCACAUAGCUUUUGCGACUAUAAAUUGCCGGAAGACAAGUAUCCGACAAAUUAUCCGUUUGACGCGGAGAAGCAGAACUUUCCACUGGAGGGUCUGAUUUGUGUAGUCCACGGUCAGGAACUCCGCGAUCUGUCGUCUGACGAGUUGGACAACAUUCUGCGAAAUCACCCCGAGAUUGUGUUUGCUCGCACAUCUCCUCAACAGGUUUGUUUCUCGUGCAGUGCAAUUAUUUUACGGCAUCAGUCGAUCGUCGGAUUCUGGGCUGACAUCGGCGUCGCCAGGGGCUUUGUUCGUUUCUUCGUUGAAGACUUGCGGGUUUCCCUGUUUGGCGCUCUGUGUUUGUGA